AAACAGUACAGACAUUUCCCCACCGGAAAUAAAUUGUCGCAAACAUGGCGUCUGGCAGCGGGUCGAGUAAGAAUGAAUUCCGUCGGAAGUGGGACAAAGACGAGUAUGAGAACCUUGCUCAGCGACGUCUCACCGAGGAGCGAGAAAAGGAGAGCAGAGAUGGGAAAAUUGCGCCACCCGUCAAGAGGGAGAAUCUGCGUCAUCGAGACUACAAAGUGGACCUGGAGUCCAAACUGGGGAAGACCAUCGUUAUCACCAAGACAACCCCUCAGGCUGAGAUGGGCGGCUACUACUGCAAUGUUUGCGACUGCGUGGUGAAAGACUCCAUCAACUUCCUGGAUCACAUCAACGGCAAGAAACAUCAGAGGAACCUCGGCAUGUCUAUGAGAGUGGAGCGGUCGUCCCUGGACCAGGUGAAGAAGCGCUUUGAGGUGAACAAGAAGAAACUGGAGGAGAAGCAGAAAGAGUACGACUUUGAGGAGCGCAUGAAGGAGCUGCGAGAAGAGGAGGAGAAGGCAAAGGCCUACAAGAAAGAGAAGUUGAAGGAGAGGAAGCGUCGGGCCGAGGACGAUGGCGACUUUGAGGAUGACGACGAAAUGGCGGCCGUCAUGGGUUUCUCGGGGUUCGGCUCUUCUAAAAAGAGUCACUGACGCCCAAGAUACAUCCCCGCUGCUGAAUCGGCGCGUCUGACGAUGCUGUCGCGCGGGAGGAGGGGACACCCGCCUGCCCGCCAAAUCGACGACGACCAUCCGAGCCUGCGUUACAGAUGGCCGAGUUCGUCUUCUCCCGUCCGUUCACAUUGCAUUACAAGUUAAACGGACGCUCCGUUGAAUGGGGAACAAACGUUAACGUCAAGCAGGACAUGUCAUUCCAGCUCAUUCUCACAGAAGUUGUAUCUUCUCACAGUAUUUUUAGAUCAUGCGAACAUGGAUGUCAGCCAAUACAAAACUUUUAGGUUAUGUCAUGGAACUCUUAUUUGCUGUAUAUUGGCAAAUUUUCUUCUUUGAUUGAAAUAAACAAGAUUUUUUUCCAAGUUA